UCCCGAUCUGAGCCCGCGUCGCGUCAGGUCAUUUUGCGCGCUGUGUGCUUCGAACGUGCGUUCUCCUCUCGAUAGCGCUUUCGUUGCUAUCCGUCAUGUAGGACGGAAGUCAUUGUGCUCUGAUUUGGAAAGUGACCUCCGAAAAACAAACGUAGUACUGUGACGAGACUCCGUGUUUGACGUUUUUGCGUAGGCGACGAACGUUUGGGCGGACGGUGUGGAGUGUGAUUGAGACACGUUUCGAGUGAGUCUCUGUGAAAGACGUCGUGCGCAGAGUAUGGCCGGUGUGAUGUCUCGGUUGCCGCUGGCGAUUCUCUGGCCUCUGUUGCUGCUCAACUGUCCCGUUGGGAACCGGGCCAAUCUCGCGAAACCCGGAGGUCUCCAACCUGAACCUGAGUUUGCAGAACCCAUCCAGAACAUCACAGUCCCUGCUGGACGCAAAGUGACACUUGCCUGCGUAGUGGACAACCUCAACAAUUAUCGGGUGGCGUGGAUGUUUGUGGAGAAAUUCACACUGCUGACGCUGGCAAAAAGCGUUAUCACGCACAACUCGAGGUUCAAGGUGACGCACAACGGUCACCGGACGUGGCACCUUCACAUACAUGACGUGCAGGAGCGGGACCGAGGGGCCUACAUGUGCCAGAUCAAUACUUCACCGAUGAAGUCGCAGAUCGGAUUCCUCAACGUCGUCGUUCCUCCUAAGAUAGACGAAGAGAAAACGAGCUCGGACACGGAAGUUCGCGAAGGCAGCGACGUCAACCUGCGAUGUGUGGCCAAAGGAACUCCUGUCCCUGAAAUCACCUGGAGACGAGAAGAUGACCAGGAUAUCACGUUCGGACGAGAGAAAGUGUCAUCCGUAAAAGGUCCAUGGCUCAACAUAAGCAAGGUGUCGCGCCUGCACAUGAGCGCCUACCUCUGCAUCGCUGCCAACGGUGUCCUGCCCUCUGUGAGCAAGCGAAUCGUACUGGAAGUCAGCUUUCCGCCCAUGAUCUGGAUUCCCAAUCAGCUUGUCGGUGCCAGCGUAGAAGCCGAUGUGGUAUUGGACUGCAACUUGGAAUCCCACCCCAAGUCGGUAACCUACUGGACACGCAACAAAGACACAAUCUUGCAUCAGAACUCAAAGUAUUCGGUGAAGACCGUGCCCACGGGAAUGUACAAAGUCCAACUGCAACUCGUCAUUCGAAGAUUGAAGCCGGACGACUUCGGCGAGUACAACUGCGUCGCCAAGAAUUCACUCGGCGAGACCGAAGGCACCAUCAAGUUGUAUGAGAUCCCGGCGAGUUCGUCUUCCACGUCACAUUCUCCAGAGGCGUUUCGAGCAAAGUCGGAGAAACUAAGGAACGGACACCUGAGGAACACUUUACCCAGGCCCGAAGACAGAGAUCCAACAACACGGCCAGAAGAAGUAUCUGAAGUGUCCGGGUCUCACGGUCAGAGGCCUCCUUACACUCCAGCAGUUAUCAAACUGGACGAAGCGCACACGAGUCGCAGCAGCGGUACUACAUCACUGACUGCCCUAUCUUACUACUUACUAAUUGCCGCAGCAUCCCAAGUGAUACUAACCUUCCUCUCGACGUGACCUGCGACGCGCGCAACACUGGGAACGCAACAUCGAGUGAACUGACUGUGGUAGUGGCGAUAAUUGUGACAGUUGUGACUGCGUGUGCUCUGCGCCCUCGGACACUUCAGCACCAGAUGACCUUGUGAGGUGUGCGACGUCAAGACUUCUUCACGAACUCUCGUGCAGACGAAAGGAAAGAAAAAAUAUGUCCAUGUCUGCUUUAAUUUCACACUAAUGACGAUAAACUUGCUCAAAGAAAGUGCAACGUGACAGUGCGAAGCACGGUAUUUGGUUUGCAAACGUUUGGGCCGUUUAAUUUAAGGCGCACCAACCUUCGAGGAAUGCUUACUGACUAAUGGGCGUGCGGUUGGUCAAAUUGUACCUUCUGUCGCGUUUAUCUUAAAAGCGAAGAGAUACUUAGUGGUCACACAAUUGAUGUUACAAUCGAAUAUCCAUCGCUAUUUUUACAUGGAUUUUAAUGGGUUUAUUAUGUCACGAAAGACCUUCCGGACACCAAAACCUACACAUGGCCGCCUCACGCUACCUGAAAACAGUGUUUGCAGUAAGAGCACGUCCAGAGGUACUGAUUAAUGUGAACCGGUAACUUUUUUUUUCGUUGACGAGAAUACUUGCUUCCGUUUCGAAACUUAUGACACUGAGUUUGCUUGCGGAAGCAGUUAUAUUUUUUUAUAACAUGCAUUGUGGACUUGUUCUUUUCAGUAUAAAACGAGAAUACACAUCUAUGCUAUGGAAAUCUUGUAUUCGGAACCUUAUAUGAAUCUUUUUGCACAUAAUGGUCAGAAUACGAAACGUAACUUUUAAGAGAACAAAAAUCUGACUCAGCAUGAAGCCACACUCUCAUUGGUUUACGCUUGUAGUCUUGUUCAGGGAAUCAUGCUCUUCCUCUUUGGAUCCUGAUCGGGAGCACACCUAGUAUCUGAACUCGCUGUCUUACAAGCACGACACUGAGUCGCACCGCAUUUCUAGUCGAGUUGGUGCGUAGAAAAUGAUGUCACAAUUUAGAGGUACACGUGAUGAACAAGUUGGAACGCGUUCUUACGUCACUGAAAAAGUAAUCUUAACCUAGAAAUGCUUAUUGCUUACUGGCACUGUGAUUCGAGUGCCUGCUAAAUAACAAGUCACUUUGCUUUGGUGUCUCUGCUAUCACAACAAGAGACCGUCCCGUAUUAGUAAGUUUGAACCGCUGAGUAUUCACAGGUGUUUCCAUACUACCGAGACAUUACGUCAAAUGAUGAUAUGCCGCAGUGGCAUUGGUGUGAACUGCUGUAAUUCGCUACUCAGCACAUAGUACUCAAAUAGACAGCAUAUUUUUAACAUAUUUAUGGAAAUGCGCAUGGGAAGAUAUACUUCAUUAAACCAAGCGUAAUCAAUACCGUAGUGACUUCUGGUGGCAAAAAAAUCUUAAGGCUCACGUAAUAGUUAUAAAAAUAGUUCAGAGUAGACUUCCUUGAGACUGAGAUACAUAUUAAAUUCGUGCGCCGAUAUGAAAUAAUGUGUAUAAUUUUACGAACUGUAUUAUGGGUAAUUAUAGAGCCACACACGCACUUGACUGUGUUGUCUGACACCCACAAAAGCUGUUUUAUUUCUGUGAAGGUAAAAAACCUGACUGCUACAAGCAUAUUCACGUAGUUUCGUUUGUACAUUGCAUUUUCUACCCUCACCCAUUUCCUUGUGAAUCGCUCCGAAAUCGUUCUGUUCUCGAGGUUUUUAGAGCUUUUCUAAGGGUUACACGAGACUAUUACAGAUUACAGUGCCAAAUAAUAGACGUCGCGCGUAAACACAUAGAGGCAGACUGAACUCAAGCUCUCUUGGCCCAACAGAACAUUCUUAUAAAGAAACUUAGUCUGCAAACUCAAUAUGUGUCCCCGCAGACCUUUUGUCCUUUUGAUCAAACCGUCGCUUUGUGCGAUGUCCUCUUCUCUGUAUAACGUUGCCCAUUGCGUCAUGUUGAACCCUUUGCGUGCUGGUACACAUAAAAUUUCAUUCGCUGUACUGAUUCGGCUGUUUAUUGUUUAUUGAAAUCUGCUCCGGAACGACGAAGGCUUGAGACGGGCAUGCUUUUACAGAGGAGCUUACAUCACGUUAAAUGUCGUACCUCGGAGAAAACGACUUCAGUUGGAUUCACACAUCCGUUGCCGGAGACCCGUUGCGGCGUUCGCGAGGCGUUUUUCAGCCGCAUUUCGAGGGGAUGGUAGUCGUGUAGGUGGAUAAGAUGUACGCCGAGACGCCAAGACGUACACCGCCACCGCCUUAUUGAAAAUCGGCUGGGAGGCGUCUCGGACGUCGCAGCAACGCCUCAAUGAACGCACGUGUGAAUCCAGAUUUAUAGGGUUAUUGACUGCUGCGUCAAUGCUGCCCUUUGCUGUUCUGUCCAUGGCCGCGCUUUUCUAAUGCUUGAUUACUCUGUCCAGCCCGAAGUAACGAUAGCUAAGAAUGGCAUCAGUCGGCAUGCCAAUGCGACUCAAUACUGACUUGCUGCCUUUGCCAGUGUAAAUACAGCGAAACUGUACUAGAGUGAACAAGUGCGACUGCAGAGCCACAGCGGGCGAUGCAAGCGUUACAAACUGUAGCGAACAAUAUCGAACAUAUGAUUACCGUCUAGAAGGAAUCUUAUAGCGUCUCUCUAGAAUCCAUGCCGUUUCACCAGCACUGAAAAGCGUGGACUGUUCUGUAGGUGCCAAUGUUUCUGGCACUGUCAUACUCUUGCAUAUUAUGUAUACUGAUCAUCAUUUUCAAGAUGUGCAUACUUAAUGGGUAAGUCUUUCUGCUGCGAGUGUUAUAAAGAACGCGCACAUUGCAUCCUUGAAUCAAGUGCCAAACAUGUGUCAUAUGAGAGAAUAAAAGCUUCAUCUUUUAUGCA